AUGUCCCAGGUGGAGAAGGCGCAGAAGCUGCUCAAGGAUGCAGAGAUAGCACAGCUGCAUACCAAGACCGACGCUUCCAUCAAGGAUGCGCAGGAAGCUGCCGACAUAUUCAAGGGCCUCGGGGAUCACGCGAAGACCGCCGAAGCCUUGCGAAUCCUAAUUGCCGGCAAGCUCAGGAAAGCGGACGGCCAAAGGCCGACGGAAGCGUUGGAUACCGUGAACAAGGAGUUGACGAGAUUUCAGGAGCUGGGCAGCAGGAUAGGAGAGGCGUCCAUGAUGCUGUCGCUGGCGGAAAUCAACACGGAUCGGAGAGGGACGAGGAAGCGAGAGGAGUCGCUGCAGAUGGGCUUAGACGCCUUGGACAUCUUCCGCGAGUUGGGCGACAAGCGUCUACAGGUUGCCGCACUGCAGCAUCUCUCGAACGUCCACAUCAAGUUCUGCGACAAGGGUUGCGCUGGCAAGAGCGGAAGAGAGGCCACCAGGUUUGCGCAGGAGGCGCUGGCCCUAGCUCGCACUCUGGAGGGCAACCCCAUGCAAGACAAGCUCUACGAAGCGUCCGCGCUCCACAACGUGGCGGUGGGAAAGUGGUAUAGCGAAUGCCCCUUCAAGGAUGGCCUGAAGCCCGCGAAGGAUGCGCUGCAGAUCUUCCGGGAGCUAGGCCUGAAGAAGUUCCAGGCGGCACAGCUGCACUCCAUAGCAGACUGGCACCAACGCCGAGGCAUCGGCAAGCAGGGCCUACCUUUCGCCGAGGAGUCCUUGAAGAUCUUUCAGGAGAUCGACUCUGGCAAGGCCCGGUCGGAGAUGGAUUCGGUCUAA